GCGGUCGUGUAAGCCAGUCUCCGCCAACUAAUAACCACACCACGCUCUCUCCCCUCCCCCACGUCUCUCCCGUUCUGCCGCCAUGGGUCUCUCCUUCUCCUCUCUCUUCUCGUCGCUCGCCUCUCUCGUUCGCUGGAGCAAAGAACAGGAUGUCCGGAUAUUGAUGCUCGGUCUUGACUCUGCGGGCAAGACCACGAUCUUGUACAGGCUACAGAUUGGGGAGGUGGUCUCUACAAUACCAACCAUUGGUUUCAAUGUGGAGACAGUACAGUACAAGAACAUCAAGUUUCAAGUAUGGGAUCUCGGCGGCCAGUCGAGCAUACGGCCAUAUUGGAGAUGUUACUUCCCCAACACCGCAGCCAUCAUUUACGUCAUCGACUCUGCUGACACUGAGCGGCUGAAGACAUCACGAUCCGAGCUGCUCACAAUGCUCUCAGAGGAGGAGCUCGCCGGAGUACCGCUGCUCGUAUUCUGCAAUAAGCAGGACGUAGAUGGAGCGCUGAAGCCGGGGCAGGUCAGCGAGGAGCUUGGUCUUGCUGGUGGCGAGAAGGAGCGGCAAUGGAGUGUGCGGGGGAGCUCUGCGAUCAAGGGCGAGGGACUCGAGGAGGGGCUGGAUUGGCUGGUCAACGCGAUACAGAAAAAGUAGACGGAUUGCGUACUGCAUUGCAGGUCUUGGGGUGACGGACCACCGUCUCGUCGUUGCUCUUGCAUGGACAUUAUCUAUCGCGCAACCAUACCCAUUUGUAUAGCAUAUUAAUUGGUUUCAUAUCGUAUCGCGCGGCGGCGGGCCGCUAACUCAGCGUCA